GUUGCGUUCACCUCUCCUCUCCUCCUCGCUCCACUGGGAAAGAAGAAAAUAAACCCGCUGCUGCUACAAGGAGGCUAGUUAUGGAACCGAACCUUUAAAUACUCGUUUUUCUCCAUUAUGCCUGGCUAAGAAGUGGUUUGUCCGCCUGCAGUGUUUUUACCCGAGAGGAAAACAUUUUAACAUUUGGACCUUCAAACCCUCGGCGUUAUUAAAAAAAAAGUAAAGUUGAAGAAGAAGCGAACCCGGAGAGUAUUUCAAUAGCGUUGUAUCAGCUUGCUAGCCUCCGCCGCUAACCGGGGGCUAAGGAGCACUGGAUGAACUUCGCAUGGAGCGACUGCUGCGGAUGGGUUUGGAGUUUUCUGCCUGACUAUAAGCCGUCCUUUGGGGUUGGAGCUCACGGAACGCCGGUUUGCUGAAUGGACUCUGCCCGCCUGCAGUUUCACGGGCAGCAGUUGCGCAAAUGCCCGCUAUUGUGGUUUUCGCCAUCCCGCUAUUAAGCUCGAGAUCCACUGGGAAGCUAACAGGAUAUUAGCCUCCUUCUCCCCUCUUCUCUUUGUGGUUGCAGGCCGGGGACUGGAAAGCGUUCAUCGCUGAGCUGGGUUGCUGGGAAAGCUGGCUUGAUGGCAGCUGUUUAUUUUUGCGGAAAGCAGCAACUGGAUGCAGUUUAAGCGGCGAAAAGGAAACGUUUGUUGCGGAUGCUGAAGUCCAGAAACUGCGUUUGUUACCUGAAAAUGCGCCGGAGCGCUGGAGCUUAUUCCAACUCGGGAUAGGGGGGAGUGGGACAACAGCGGGAUCACAACUUCAAGGUCUUUGGGAAAUUAAGCUAACCCCAGUUCGUUUUUUUUUUAUUUUAUUUUAUUUUUCUCGAUAAGUGUUAAAAUAUAAUGUCUACCGCGAAGGAAAACAGCUGUAGGAAAUUCCAAGCGAACUUCUUCAAUAAAAGUAAAUGUCAGAACUGCUUCAAACCGAGGGAGCUGCAUCUGCUGACCGACCAGGACCUGACCCAGGCAAAGCCUAUUUAUGCUGGAUGGCUGUGCUUGGCUCCCGAGGGAACGGACUUCGACAAUCCGAUGCAGAGAUCCCGGAAAUGGCAGCGGAGAUUCUUCGUGCUGUACGAACAUGGCUGCCUGCGCUUCGCCUUGGACGAGUCGCCCAGCACGCUGCCUCAGGGCACAGUGAACAUGAACCUCUGCACGGACGUCAUCGACGCAGAGCCCAAGACGGGCCAGAAGAACUCUCUGUGCAUCAUCACACCUGAGCAGGAGUACUUCAUCAGAGGGGAGAAUAAAGAGAUCAUCAACGGGUGGAGUGAACAGUUGAUCGUCUAUCCCCGAACUAACAAACAGAACCAGAAAAAGAAACGAAAAGUAGAGCCCACCACCUCCCAGGAGCCGGGUCCAGCCAAGGUAGCCGUGACCGGUUCAGGAAUCCCCGAAGCUGACAAGUCUCCCGACUCGAGCUCCAUCAUCUGGCAGGAAGAGCUGAACCAGCGGGAGGCCGAGAGCGCAGCGGCCUGGGCAGGCGCCGACCAGCCGUUGGGCUCGCCGCUGCCCUCUGCAGGUGACUGUGUGCCUAUGGGUCAGGGCUCUGACGCCGGGUCGGUGAACGGUGAUGAAGUGGACCGUAGCGGCCUGCCGCUGCGCGGCUCGGCCCCCCGUCCCUCCGUUGGCCCCCUCUCUCCGACGGGCUCCUGCUCCAGCUUGGGAGGCGUCCCGCGUUGCCAGUCUCCGGCGCCCAGCGACCCUUUCCCCUCCGGCAGCUCCCUGCUCUCAAAUGGCUCCCACAUCAGCGGCUCGGUUAGCUCCCUGGACUCGGAUGCCAGCGGCAGCACGGUCACCAGCACCGACAGCCACACGGCGGGUCACAGGGGCUGCCACCACGACGCGUCGCGCUCCCGGCGGCUGGAAGCCGAGGCCAGAAAAGCAGAGAAGAGGAGCCGAUUCAGGAGCCCCGACAGGCAGGAGAGAGAGGCCGUCCUCAGUCCCGAGAGAAGUCGCUCCGGUGUUAUUGAGAAGCUGGAGGCCUUGGAGCUGGAGAAUCCCGAGAAAAUGGAGGUGGAGGAGACGGAGAGAAGUCGAACGAGACAGGGCCGCAGCGAGCGCAGACGGCUCUUCAGAGAGGAGCUGAGGCAGGACAAUGACGAAGGCCUGGACUUUCCCUCCACCCUGCCACCUCUGAGGAGAGCCAAGUCUUUGGAUCGAAGGACCACAGAGUCCGUCAUGACGCCGGAUUUGCUUAACUUCAAGAAAGGCUGGAUGGUGAAGCUGGACGAGCAAGGCCAGUGGAAGAAAUACUGGUUCGUCUUGACGGAUCACAGCCUGAGAUACUAUAAAGACUCGAUUGCAGAGGAGGCCUCUGACUUGGACGGUGAAAUUGACCUGUCCACCUGUUACAAUGUAACUGAAUACCAGGCUCAGCGCAACUACGGCUUUCAAAUUCAUACCCAGGAAGGAGUUCACACUCUGUCGGCCAUGACGGCAGGCAUACGCAGGAACUGGAUCCAGGCAGUCAUGAAGAACGUGAGACCUUCCAUCGCCCCGGAUGUGGCCAGCUCAACAGAAGAUCACAGCUCCUUCUCGGCGUUGGAGGGUCUCGUCAGACCAGACGUAACUCAGGACUCGCCCUCCUCUGAGGCGUCCUCGGCGGAGAGAGAAUCCGCUCCGGGUGCCAUCAAAAGCCGAGCACGAGAACGGAGGCGAGAGGGCCGCUCGAAGACGUUCGACUGGGCAGAGUUCAGGCCCAUCGCGCAGGCUCUGGCUCAGCAGCGGGCGCAGGAGGCCGAGAGCCUCCAGGUCGACCCGGAUCGCAGCAUGCGGAGAGAGGAGAGGAGGAAGAGAUACGAGUGCGGCGCCGGCCCCGAGCACGCGUCUGCCACAGACGGAGAGAGGAUAGACUGCGAGGGCGGGGACGGAGUCAUGGACACGGACUCGGUCAGCGCCACGUGUUUGGAGAAGCAGCAGCGGGUGGAGGAGGUGAUCGAGGAGCACUGGCGACAGGUGGAGAAGACGCCCAUCCGGGAGGAGCGGAGGGUCCCGCUGCCCACCUCGGUGCAGUCCGGGGAGACCACAGAGCUGGAGAAACUACUGGACAGUUACAAGAAGGGGAUAGAGGACCUGAAGGCCCAGUUGGAGAGCUGUCACCAGCAGCUACUUGACUCAAACAAGCACAAGCAGGAGCUGGAGCUCCAGCUGAGAAUUGCUCUGGAGCGAGAGCAGGACAUCCGCUCCGGUUACAUCUCCCCGCUGGAGCACCCUUUGGGUCUGGAGGCUGAUGUGACGCCCCAGACGAAGAGGCCCGAACCGGUUAGUUCCCAAGCACAGAGUUUAACAAAGAAGUACCAGGAGACCAAAGAGCUCCUGAAGCUGCAAGAGCUGAAAAAGCGCAACAUGCAGGCACAGCUUGGCCUUUCGCUUUCUCACUCCUCCAUCAAGGAGCCUAACCUUUCUGAUCAAGCGCCACCAAUGCCGGAAGGCGCUGCCACUGAACUCAUCCAAAAACGAGUUAGUUUCUUGCUCGAGGACAGUUCAGAUGUGAUUCAGGAGCUCGAAGAUCUCCUGACCGAUGAACCUCUGACUCUGAAGGAGCUCGGACGAGUGUUGAAACUCCACAGCUUUGCUCAAAGUACCAGAGGGAAACACGAUCUUCAGAAGCUCCUGGAGGCUUGGCAGUGCCAGCAGGAGAUUGAAAACGAAACUUUUAAGAAGAGUUUGGCCAGAGCAGGAGAGAGCAUACGAGAAUAUGAAGAGCGUCUUCUAACCAUGGAGGAUAUGAUGGGGAAAGUUCAGAAGCACAAUUUCGAAAACCUCAAAGGUCCCUACGGUUCUUUGUCCAAACUAGACCACCAUUCAGAGACGAGUGAUGUGACAAUUGCUUCACUCUCUCAGAGGGUCGAACUUCUAACAGGGGAAAACGGCGCCUUAAAACAACGAUGUCAAGAGAUAGUAAACCAGCUAACUGAAGCCGAUAGAGAAAUAGACCGACUAAAAGCUGAGCUUGUUAGCCAGCAGGGCGGGAAACAACACCAUCUAGUAGUAGAGGAGCUGAAAAGACUGAAGGCCGAACUGGCUGAAAAUCAAGCUAGCGCUAUAGACCGCGAGUAUUACGAGAGAGAGCUUAACGAGAAGUCUUUGAGGCUCCAUGAAGCGUUGGUUACCUUGGAGGAACUAGGCAACACUCUUAAAGACACAGAGAAGAAGCUCCAGCUGAAAGAGGCCACACUAAGAGGUCUGGGCUUCCAGGCAGACUACGAGGAUGAGGAAUUACACCCAGAAGAGGAACGUCUCAGAGACCUACUUGAAUCGUCUCAAGCUAAGGUGCUUGAGGCCGAGAGAAGUCUCCGGAAUACAGAGCAACGCUGCAUAGAGUUGGAAGCCAGAAACAAUGAACUAGUUGCACUAAAUCAGGAAAUUGAGCAAGCUAGCAGAGAGAAGCUAGAAGUAGCAGAAAAUGAGGCGAGGAUGCUGCGAGAGAGAUUAGAAACAAUGCGUAGAGUUGGGGAGAAUGUUGGUGAGGGUGAAAAUGUAGAAGACAAGCAGGUUGAUGGUGGACUAUUCAAGCAAGUGAUAACAGAGUUGAAGAUGAGGUCUGAGGCAUUAGAUAAAGUCGUAGAGAUGUUAGCAAAGGUAGAUACUGAUGUAGAAAAGAUGCUUGGUCUUUUAAGAAGCACUUUAUUUGGUUCUUGUAAGGAAGAACCUCUUUGCAUUGGUGGAAAGGAGAUGAGGUCAGUGCUGGAGUGGGAGUUCUGGAGCCAAGUGUUGAGCAAUACCAAGUUAGAACCUGAAGAAGGCAAACGGAUCAGUGAGUCUGAGCUGCUCCAGCAGAUAAAGGCAGAGAAAAGCAUAGAGCUGCUGGGGAAAGCAGAGACUGAAAUACCAAUGGAUUUCACAAAAAUGUACAGCUGGCUUGAUGAUGAAACAUACGCUAUGAUUCUUAGACAGUUAAUAGAAACUUUGGAGGGAAGGUCCCGUGAUUUGAAGCAAGUUGCUUCCAGUCUGGAACAGAACAAAGACCAGAAACUUCUCUCUUUUGGUCUAACAAGCUUUGGUCUUGGACAGACACAGUCUUCUAGAUAUCUUUUAGAUUCUCUCAAGGAUGCUUGCCUGUCGUAUUUGAUUGUUAGGCUGAAAGUACAGCAUGAAAUAGAGAGUCAACAGAAUCAGACUGUAGUACAGAUGGGGAGCAUGAAUUGCCCAAAUUGCCCUAAGCUGAAAGAAACUGCUAGUGACCUCCAGUCCAAACUGGAAGAUCUUCAGAAUCAGCUAUCUCUGGCCUCUCUGAAGCUUUCAGAAGCAUCACAAACUUUGAUCCAAAUUGAAGGAGAGCCCAUAGAUUCUGUGGAUAAAGCCAUUGAACUUCAGGACUUGGUGGCGAGGCAUAGAAAGGAGUUACGAGAUAUCAAAAACAACUACGAGAAGGAGCUGGAGAAACUAAGGCAGGAAGUUGAAAAAGCCAAUGAAACAAUCCGCCUUCAUUCAGAGGAAAAUAUUAAAGAGAUGGACUCAUUGACGAACUUCAUGGAGAACCUGAAAAACAAGCAUGAGGAUGAAAAGAGCAGACUCCUCAACAGGUUUGAACGGGAAAUGGAAGAGCUGAGGAGCAUGCUGAGCCCAGCAAGCCAAGAGAAGAAUGAAACUGACGAGCACGCACCAUCGCAGGAAGCCUCUGCCCAAACAUCAACCCUGCGGGAACGCAUCCAGGAGCUGAUGAGCCAAGUUUCAGUCAUGGCCGAAGAGAUGAGGCGACGGGAUGAGCAGGGUGACACAAGCACCCUGCGGCUGAAAUACGAGAGAGACCUGGAAAAUCUUAAGGCCACCUGUGAGAGAGGUUUUGCCGCCAUGGAAGAGUCCCAUCAGAAGGUGAUCGAAGAGCUCCAGAGGAAACACCAGAGAGAGCUGGAAAACCUGAAGGAGGAGAAGGAGAGGCUGUUGGAUGAGGAAACGGCCGCAACAAUCGCUGCUAUCGAAGCAAUGAAAAACGCUCACCGGAAGGAGCUGGAGAAGGCACGCAAGGCCAGCAGCAGCGCCGAGAAUGCCGACAUGGAGGAGAUCCGCAGACAGCACGAGGAGGAGCUGUGUUCCUUCCAGCGGGAGAUCGAGGUGUUGUCGGAGCAGUAUUCCCAGAAGUGCCUGGAGAACGCCCACCUGGCCCAGGCUCUGGAGGCUGAGAGGCAGGCCCUCAGGCAGUGUCAGAGGGAGAACCAGGAGCUCAAUGCACACAACCAGGAGCUGAACAACCGUCUGGCUGCAGAGAUCACCAAGAUGCGCUCCAUGACGUCUGAGGACGGAGCCGGAGAUCCAAACACCACGAUCCAGGGGAAGGAGCUGUAUGAGUUGGAGGUGAUGCUGCGGGUGAAGGAGUCCGAGGUCCAGUACCUGAAGCAGGAAAUCAACUCCCUCAAAGACGAACUCCAGGCCGCUCAAAGAGACAAGAAAUACGCGACGGAUAAGUACAAGGACAUUUACACGGAGCUGAGCAUCGUGAAGGCCAAGGCAGAGCGGGACCUCGGAAGGCUCCGGGAGCAGCUGCAGCUGGCGCACGAGGCGCUCGGAGAGCCGUCGCUCGAGGAUUUGGAGCGAGGGGGAUACGAUAUCAUGAAGUCCAAAAGCAAUCCCGACAUCCUGAAGAUGGCAGCGGCGGCAGCCAAGCGCUCGGAGCGAACCCUGAGGUCAAAGAGUCUGAAGGAAGGGCUGACGGCCGAGCAGAGACUCCACCUGUUCGAAAACAAAGACACGAAGGAGUUCUGACAAGCAACGCGUCACGUCUGCCUGCCAUGCCGCAUGUUUAGGAGCCCACUAUAUUUUUUAGCUCUGCUAUGACUUAUUUAGAAACACUACACACUGGUCACUGAACACAGAUCAUAUAUGUUAUUAAAGAAGACACGCUAUGAAGUUUGAAUUUCAUGUCUAGAGUUUGCAUUCCAUGCACUUCAGUUAACUGUGACGUUUUUGUGUUAUUUCUCUCCUCCCUCCAGCCCCUUCCUCCUAUGUCUUUAUUGUAAAUAAUGUUUUUUUAAAAAGAGCAUCUGCCGUGCAUACACUAAACUAUGACUGUGUAAGCUACUGUUUUAACGCUAUAGACUGUUGCUAGCCAAAGACGUUUAGCUGUAAUGUUGACUGGCUUAAAACAAAAGCGCAUAUUGAGAAGCAACACCUGUAUAACACAAGCAAUAGGAAUGAGUCCAGUGUUCAGCCUGUUGUGACUCCUCUGCACCUUCUCCACACACAAACGUGUCGUAAACGAGCUUUGGAGUGGGAGCGCUCAUCCGUGUUGCCCGUCUUCCAAAUUCACAUCACACAAACUUGAUGUUCCUGGAAAGCUAACGGUGUUCUGAUGGGCAGAUUCACUGACUAUAAUUUAAGUACGUACAUGAAAAGGUAUAGUUUUUUUGUUUUUGUUUUCCCUCACAGCAGUCCUUGGUCCAGCUGUAUAGGAGAUUCUCCAGUUGGUUUAUGUUUGUAGUCUUGUUCCGUGGCAGUGUCUUUGUAUUUAUUUAAAUGGCUGGGAUUUUUCUUUUACAUUCCCAUUCCUCUGUACUCUAUUAUUGUAAAUAUAAAGCAAAUAUACACCGACUGACUACAGGUUUAUUAGCAAUAAAUAUUUUGCACCAUU